UAUCCCUCAUUUCCCAACUUCCUCUUUUCCAUUCACUCCUUGUUCCCACCACAAACAAUUCUUUCUUUUUGCUGUUCUUUUUCCAAUCAAACAAAACCUGCUCCACUCAAGAAGAAAAUAGAAACAGGGAUAUGGCCUUUAAUAUGCUAUUAAUGGUAAGCUUUCUCCUUCUCUUCUCUACUGCCAUUUGUUAUGGGCAGGGAGGAGGUUGGACCAAUGCUCAUGCGACCUUCUAUGGAGGAAGUGAUGCUUCUGGCACUAUGGGUGGAGCUUGUGGGUAUGGGAAUCUGUACAGUCAGGGAUAUGGGACUAACACUGCAGCUCUUAGCACUGCUCUUUUCAACAAUGGGCUGAGCUGUGGAUCUUGUUAUGAGAUUAUGUGCGUUAAUGACAGGCAAUGGUGCCUUCCUGGUUCCAUUGUGGUCACUGCAACCAAUUUCUGCCCACCAAAUAAUGCUCUUCCAAACAAUGCAGGAGGGUGGUGUAAUCCUCCCCAACAGCAUUUUGAUCUCUCUCAACCUGUUUUUCAGCGCAUUGCUCUCUAUAGGGCUGGAAUUGUUCCUGUUUCUUACAGAAGGUAACUCUCUUUUUCAACACUCUCAAUAACAUCAGCGGUGAAUUUUUCAAAUAAGAG